CAAUCAUUGAUUAUCAUAUUUCACACGACGACGACAGCAACAAAUGCGCUGAUAAUAGAACACUGUCUGCAACGAAAAUGUCGAUAUUGCAAGAAGGCCGCGUGUGUCUUCGCAACAUCGCGUCCCAGAACGCGCGUCUUCGGGCGCUGAUCUCGCUCCGAGACGAAGAGACUGUGGUUUCGGAGCUGCAGGCUUUGGACAACAACAGCAGCGGAGAUGGCUCACGGAAGCAGCCACUUAGAGGGAAGACGGUCGUGCUUAAGGAUAAUAUAUGUACGACUUGGGGAACGACGACGUGUGCGUCGCGGAUGCUGGAGAACUAUAAAAGUCCAUACAAUGCAACAAUUGUUGACCAGAUAGCAGCAGCCAAAGCAGUCUUUCUAGGAAAGGCAAACAUGGACGAAUUCGCCAUGGGAACCGACAACAUCCACACAAUCUACGGCCCGCCGCUAAACCCCCUCUUCCCAUCCGAAGCCCACACCACCGGCGGCUCCUCAGGCGGAUCCGCCGCCGCAGUCGCAGCUCACAUGUGCGAUAUCGCGAUCGGCACAGACACAGGCGGCUCCGUCCGUCUGCCGGCGGCGUACUGCGGAGUGGUAGGCUUCAAGCCCUCGUACGGGCUCAUUUCGCGCUGGGGCGUCGUCGCGUUCGCGCAGAGUCUGGAUACGGUCGGCAUUGUUGCGCGCGAUGUCGGCGCCGUGCGGACGAUGUUUCACGUGCUCAACGCGUUCGACGAGAAGGAUCCGACGAGUAUCUCGCCCGCCCUGCGCGCGCGUCUCAGACAACGAGCAGACUCCCUCACCUCCCCCUCCUCCUCGAGCAAGUUCAGGAUCGGAAUCCCGAGCGAGUUCAACGUCGACUCGCUCUCCCCCGUCGUCAAAGAAGCUUGGAAACGCACGCUCGCCAACCUCCGCGCCGCAGGCCACGAGCUCUACUCCGUCUCCCUGCCGUCGACAGUCAACGCCCUGCCGACGUACUACAUCAUCGCGCCCGCCGAGGCGGCGUCUAACCUCGCCCGCUACGACGGCGUCCGCUUCGGCUUCCGCUCAGAGGUAGACUACGACACCUCCGACCCCGCCGCCGCCGCUGACGGCGUUCUCUACGGACGCACGCGCAGCGAGGGCUUUGGCACCGAAGUCCGCCGCCGCAUCUUGCUGGGCAACUAUAACCUCUCCGCCGGCGCGAUCGUGAACCACUACAUUCAAGCUCAACGAGUCCGCCGCCUGACGCAGCUCGAUUUCGACCGCAUCUUCACCCUCGACAACCCUCUUGCGCCCUCCUCCUCCUCUUCCUCUGAUAGCGACGUCACGGUCGAUUUCCUCGUCUCGCCAUGCUCGACCGACACCGCGCCGACGCUCGACGACGUGCUCACGCAGAAAUCACCGCUGGACGCGUACGUGAACGACGUGCUGACCGUGCCUGCGAGUUUAGCUGGCAUUCCUGCCAUCAGCGUGCCUGUGUCUGCCGAGGGCGGCGAGCGCACGGUGGGGAUCCAGGUUAUGGGGCAGUAUGGAGAUGAUGAGCGGGUGCUUGGGAUUGCGGAGGAGAUUAUGAAGCUGUAGAGGGGGG